AUGCAUUCCUCUAUUCGCCCGAAUCAGUUCGUGGUAAUUCAGCUACCAUCAGAUCAAACGCGCAUUGUCAAGCUGGUCCCAAAUACAAUUGUACAAUUAGGCAAAUAUGGCAGCUUCGCCGCGAACCAGAUCCUUGGUCGUCCCUUCUUCCUGACAUUCGAGAUUCUCGACGCGCCCCAGAGUGAUGGUUACCAGCUGCGCAUAGUCCCCGCCGAAGAGCUCCAUGCCGAACACCUCAUCGAGGAAGCCGAGGCCGAUGGCGAGGGUGAGGGUGAGGGCGAGGAAGCCGGGUCGGGCGCAGGCACGCCUAUGCGCACAAAUCGCAACAUCGUGGAUGAUGCCUCGACCCAAAAAUUGACGACGCAGGAGAUUGAAGAGUUGAAGAAAGAGGCCAGUGGGGCGGGCAAGGAUAUCGUCGCAAAACUCCUCGAGUCGCACACCAACCUGGACAAGAAGACGGCUUUCUCCCUUGCCAAAUAUACAUUGCGCAAGCGCAAGAAGUAUAUUCGGAGGUUCACGGUCCUACCGUUGGACGUCGGCUUUCUCACCAACUACUUGCUUGACCAACGGGAUGCACAGCGAGCGAUGGAAUUGCGCGACGAGCACGUGGGCCUGCUCGGCUGCUUGGGCAAUGUACAUCAUGGUGGUGACUCAACGCUGAAUGCGAUCUCUUCAAUCAAGCCCAAUGGUCGGUACUUAGUGGUCGACGAAACAGGUGGUCUCAUUGUCGCGGCGAUGGCCGAGCGGAUGGGAAUUCUGUACCCGGAAGACGAUGACGAAGGCCAAGAAACGACCGAGGAUUCUUCUCUGGUGCAAGAUGGGACAGGGAAAACAGAGAAAAAGACUACCUCAACGCCCCGGCGUAAACGUCCUCGACCGAUGUCUGCCUCCGGAAACACCAUCACCAUCAUCCACGCCUACUCACAACCGAACCUGUCAUUGCUGAAAUAUUUCGGAUACGAUAUCAACACUCCCGAUGAAUCUCAUCCUCUUCACACACAUCUCAAGACUGUGUCAUGGCUACAGCUUGUGGAUCCCGCAACAGACCCCAUCCUGUCCAACGAACCUCCCUCUCUCUCCGCCGAAGAGCUCGCCAGUCUGAAGCCUAGCAAGCGCACCGCUUAUUACUUCAAGCGUAACCGAUGGGAAAAAUUCCGCGCUGUCACAGAUGAAGCUCGCGCCGGUGGCUUUGACGGGUUAAUUGCUGCUACUUUGCUGGAGCCUGCGGGCAUCUUGAAGCACGCUGUCCCGCUCCUGUCUGGGUCUGCAGCUGUCGCUAUUUACUCUCCCACCAUCGAACCCCUCACCGAGCUCAUGGAUCUAUAUUCAACUGCCCGGCGAACAGCAUUCAUCAAUCGAAAACGGGACCUGGAGAUGCAGAAAACUUCAAAAGCCGAGACCGUGGGCUUGACCCCACUCUUCGAGGAUUUCCCCCUCGAUCCCACUCGACUCUUGCCCCCAACUCUACACACCACCCGCGUUCGUGCCUGGCAAGUGCUGCCGGGCCGGACGCAUCCCCUCAUGACAGGACGUGGAGGUGCAGAGGGCUACCUCUUCCACGGGGUCCACGUCAUUCCCACUGCGAGCAAUAUUCAGGCUGCGGGCACGUUCCGGAAGAAGCGCAAGGUAGAAACCACUUCGACGCCUGUUAGUGAUCGAGACGUGGACAUGGCAUCUUAA